AGCCUAGGACGGAAGAGUCUACAGGAACAAUAAUAAUCGAUUUUAAGGUUGAUUAGUCAAGGUAUCGAAACCUAAGAACGUUUACUUGUGCACACGAAAGACAGCAGUAACAUAACAAAUAAUUGGAUUGAAGUUCUUAUAGAGGUAAUUAUAUUUCUGCAUCGACUCUUACUUUGAGAGCCUGCUAACAGAAAGAUCAUCCAGUCGAUUUCCUUUGUCAACCCGAAUACAAAUAACGUGGCCGGAUACAGAUUACUCCGUUUCCAUAAAUAUAUUUACCGACACGAAAAGAAAAGGAUUGACGGUCCAGAACACAAAUUAAAAGAGAGCAUUCAUCUCCACUGUAAAAAAGGAGAGCAUUUGUUUACCUUUAUGAAAUGACCUUACAUGUCUCGAAUCUUUCGUAGCCAUCAGACUGAUGUCACAAUGUCCAAAUCAUGAAGAGGAGUUGAGAAUUUUAACACCCGAUGGCGAAUUAAGGGCUGACUUACUUGGCCCGUUAGUUAAAGCCGAGCAUUUGUGAAUUAAAUGAAAGCAGUAAUCUUGUUGAAUCGUCUGGCCAAUAUUCUCUUUUGUUAAUGGGUAAUUUUUUUUUUCGCUAUUUAUUCCAAAUGCGUUUAAUUGACUGGCCUCUAAUGACAAGUGGCCUGGCCUUCGAGCCGGAAUCUAGAUCCGCUUCGAACGUAAAUAAGCGCUCCAACUGUCACUUAAAGAAAUGGACAGCACACUAUAAGCCAGUAAAAUUAUCAGAUUCAUCCGGGUUAAUAUUUAAACUGUGCUGUUUGUGUCAACUUGGCUGAAGCGGUGCAUGUUAUCGGAAUGAUAACAGAUUCUUUCUGAUUAACGCAUGAGUGCUUGAGUUUUGAUCAGUACACUCGGCGGUGAGUAAAAUAUGUAUCGUCUGUGGUCGAAUUGUGGAGUUUCCGUGCUCGCCGUUAGACAGUAAUGCACAAUGCCAAUAUCCAACUAGGUACGGGCGUCAAGUGGAGAAAUGGGAGCAAGCUUGAGUACACAUGGAGCAAUCACGUUACGAUUGAAGAAGAGAGACAUAACAACUCGAGCUGCCCCUGAAAAAGGCGCUGAAAGCAACGAUGAAAUCUCUGGGGAGGGUAGCGAAGUUAAAAAUUCUUCAGGCUAUGGCAAGUAUGACUCGCCAUCCAAACAUCGUCGAAUUGUACUGAACGUGUCAGGAUUCCGAUACAUGACUUACGCCAAAACAUUGGAAAGGUUUCCCACCACCCUUCUAGGAAAUAGAGAGAAACGGAAACAGUUUUACGACGAAGAACGCGAUGAGUACUUCUUUGAUCGGAACAUUCAAGUGUUUGAAUUAAUUUUGUAUUUCUAUCAAUCCAAUGGCCGAUUGGUCUGCCCUCCAGAGCUGGCUCCGGAGAUUUUAUUGGAAGAGGUGGAGUUUUUCGAACUUGGAGAGCAAGCUGUUAAUGCGGUUAAGGAUAUUCUGAACGAAGAUGAACCACCAGAGAAAGCGCUAGUGAUUCCAAAGAACAAAGCGCAACAGUUAGUGUGGCGUCUAUUCGAGUAUCCCGAUUCCAGCAAAGCGGCUCGAGUGUUGGCGCUGUUGUCUGUUUCAGUAAUCGUGGCUUCGAUAGUCGUUUUGUGUAUAGAAACACUUCCUGAAUUUAUCGUUCAGUCAAAUGAAGGGAUUGACGCAAAUGACACGGCAAAGUCAGAAGAAAUUAGCGAACACAACAAGUUGGCGACGUCGGUAAAGAACGUUUUCGGGCAGCUUGAAAUUGCAUUCAUUAGCUGGUUUACAAUUGAAUAUUUGGUACGACUACUGGCUAGUCCAGAGAAAUGGAUGUUCGUUCGUUCCUUUCUAAAUGUGAUCGAUUUACUCGCUAUAUUGCCAUUUUACGUGGAACUAGGACUUAAAAACAGCAGCGAGCAGACAUUUUCACUGGCCUUUCUCCGAAUUUUAAGACUUGUUCGAGUGUUCCGUAUCUUUAAGCUCUCCCGUCAUUCCAGCGGACUCCAAAUUCUCGGACUAACGUUACGGAAGAGUCUGCGAGAGCUUGGACUACUGAUAUUUUUCUUAGUAAUCGGUGUUGUAAUAUUCUCAAGUAUGGUUUACUACGCAGAGAGUGGUGAUGAAGAAACAUUUUUCCGAAGUAUCCCGGAUGCAUUCUGGUGGGCUCUUGUUACCAUGACGACUGUGGGUUAUGGAGAUAUGUAUCCCAAGUCAGUGUGGGGAAAGCUUGUUGGAUCUGGUUGUGCACUGUGCGGUGUGCUUGCGAUUGCUCUUCCUGUACCAGUUAUUGUCUCGAAUUUCGACGCUAUUUAUAAAAAGUACAGAAAUCGGAAGUUGAAGCAGCAAGGUCUGCAAGAUGCAGACGACGACUCCAAAUCCAGAAAAUUGAGUGUAAUGUUCGGUUCUCGCAAGACGUCGGAAGCUGUCAUGAACAACUCGGAUAAUCGAGACUCGCGUGGAAUCGAGCUCAAGACACUUAACGAGAUUGACUAUUUGGAAAACGAAAUGAAUGAUGACAAACGAAAUGGAAAUGUCGUGCAGCGAGAAGAAGAGAAGGAAGAAGAAGGCUCAGAACAUUCUUGGCAGCCAAGCUUGACAAAUGGAACGAAGAAGAAAUCUCACGAUAAAGACGUUGAUCGGGAUCCCGAAAACCCUUCGGAGUUUCUCUCACUGCUCGAAGAGGAAGAAUCGUCGUUCUCAAAGCUUGAUCAGACCAAUGUUUGACACGGACUGAAGAACUUCCAAGUUGGCAAGUCGAGCAGGAUCGAUGGUCAUGUAAGUGUCAUGAAGAGGAACCAUCUCUGGUAAGUCAAGCAGGAUCCAGAGUCAUGCACGUGUCUUGAAGAGUAACCAUCCCAGGCAAUUUGAUCUUGUUUCUUCAACAAGACCAGACUCGUCACCACAGUUAGCGCUGACUAGACGACCAAAGGGUCAAAAGGACUCACCUUGGAACAUUCCACUUUUGUCAUGUCUCGUGUAUCCAAUUUUCGCUGACAUUUUACAGAAUAAUGAACCUCUGCUUGCUUGGGAUAGCUAAAAAAAUUAACUUCAGGUGGGCAUAAAGAAAAACAGCAACAAAAACAUCAAAAGACUGUGAGAAAUGCGACAUCUAAUGGUUACCUCUCCGGGAUAAUUGGAACAAAAUUGGAAUUUCUUAUUUGUAAUUUGUUGAGUUGAAAGCUAUGUCAUACAAGAUCAGCCAAACUAAUGAACACUUCCGCUGAAGUUGAAUUAAGCUUGUCAUCGAGAUUUAUCAAUUAUCGGAAGAUCUCGAAGUGUCAAGGUCAAAUUUUGUACUAAAGAUAGUAGUUUUGAAACAAUUCCUUUUUUUAUAAUUAAGAAGUGAGAAAUGUUUAUUUUUCUAUUUAUAAACAACAACGGCAAUUUUGUAAAUUUUUGCUUGAGGUUUCCAAUAAGUUUACAAUGUUGUGCAAUAUUUGCUUCGCGUGUAGCGUACUGCUCUUUGGAGAAGCUGGAUGUUUUUCUGUCGAACAAAGACAUUUAAUGAACGUUGGAGAUAAGUUUUUUGGUGUUGUUGCACUGUAAUUUUAAGUGUGACUAAAUUGCUCAAAGAAAAGAUUACAAAUCACUUCGAACUACUUGCGAGUGAUCAUUUUGAAUGUACAAAUAAUUUAUGAAGUAUAUUUGUAGCACGGAAACCGAAGAACACUAUUUUUGGUUCUGUCCUCGUGUACCGGUUCACAAGAGCCGUUAAAAAAGACCGAACAAUACAGCUAACCAAUGACUCCUAAACAAAGAAAGAACAAUGGUAAUUCCCUUGUGAACCGGUACACCAGGACAGAACCCUAUUUUUCAAUUAUGGAAGUUGCAAAGUUCUUAAUUAAACUGCAGUGUUGACAGAC